AUGGCUGAACAAAACGUGGCUAUAAUUGGCUGUGGUGCGUCUGGUCUAACUAGCAUUAAAUCCUGUCUAGACGCUGGCCUGAAACCUGUAUGUUUUGAACAACAAUCUACUUUUGGAGGCGCAUGGAAUUACACGGACGAGCCUCGACAGAAUUUAGCAUCGGUCCACAAAAGCACUGUCACAAAUACGAGCAAAUUAGUAACAGGAUUUUCCGAUUUUCCUAUGCCUAAGGAAUUUCCAAAUUAUUUGCCUCAGAGGUUAGUGCGAGAGUAUUUCGAAAUGUACGGAAAGGAAUUUGACUUGGCGAAGUAUGUUGAGUUUAAUACGGAGGUUGUAAAGUUGGAGCGGAGCGCGGAUCACGGAGACACGGGAAAAUGGGUGGUUUCUACCAGGUAAAGUUGCCUCAAGCUUUGUGUUAAACUUUUUCAUACUGAAUAAUCCGUUUGCAUCUAAGGAUAUACAUUUGCAGAUAAAAAUAUUAUCUAUGCUAACCUUUGUUAAAACAGGUUUUUAAUGUGUACAACAAUCAAGUACUUCCCCAUCAAUUAAUUCUGCAUAUUUGCCACAAUUUGUCCAAAGUACACUAAAAUUAAGUUUUUACUACCAUAUGCCUAGUAGAAAAGUGUUUGUAUAAAUUGCUGUUUGCAUAAAACUUUGUAACACUUUUCACAUUAGGAUUCUAGACAGCACAAAUUCCGAGAUCACAACCAAAACAUUUGAUGCAGUUAUGAUAUGUAAUGGCCGUUACUGGGACCUAGCAAAGCCUAAUAUUCCAGGGAUGGAGAAAUUUAAAGGUGUUAUAGUGCAUAGUGGAGACUACAGAACGUUUCAUCCAUAUGUUGGAAAAAGAGUUGUUGUUGUUGGGUGUAGUCACUCGGCUGGUAUGUACAGAAUCUACCAAUCCAGGCUCAUUUUAUAUAUAUAAAGGUGUCAUAUCUUUCCUUACCAGUUUUUUGCACAUAAUUCUCAACCAUUAAUUAUUUGCAGAUUCACACUGAAAUUAUUUAGGGUGCCUGCAGAGGCGUAGCCAGCCCCAAGUGAGUGGGGAGGGUCUAAUCGCUCGGCCAUUCAGGGACAUGCUCCCCCAGAAAUGUUUUCUAUGGUUAGUGUUUAUACACAUCUUAUGAUAAUCUGAAAGCCAUUUUUGGUAUAUUUUAUGUCAUAGAUGAAAACAUUAAGAGGCUACAACCCCAGCAGUUUCUCACCAUUUUUGAAUAAAUUACAAAAUUGGUCCUGAAGAAAAGUGGGGGGCGGGGGUGUCAUGACCUACAGUACCUUCCCCCGUGAAUGAUAUAUCGUCAGUCUCCAGUUUACCAUAUUUGUGUUACUGUUUAUACAAACGUUUGAAAUUUGUGUGUAUACAAAAAAUUAUUAUUUAUUACUCUAUGUCUAACACCAGAACAUCAUCAAGGGGGGAGUGCUGGCACUCAAUGGAUUUGGGUUAAAAACACACCAAUGAUAUUUUCUUUCUUUAAACCAGUUGAUAUCGCUGUUGAAUUAAGUCAUCAUGCUGCCCAAGUCUACAUAAGCACAAGAAGUGGAUGUUAUGUUUUCACACGUCUUGGUCGUGGAGGACAACCUCUUGAUUUUAGUAUCUCCAGAGCAACUCAGCUUAUACCACUUGCAAUCCUGGCAAAACUUCUCCCUGGAUUGGUGAACAACAAAGUUGACUUUAGAAACUUUGGCCUUCAACCAACAGGCACCCUCGGUGUGAAUAAAUUUCCAAUUGUAAACGAUGAGAUUCAGCACCGUAUUAUAACUGGCAUGUUAAAAGUCAAAGGGAAUGUCAAGGAGAUUGCAGAAAAUUCUGUAACUCUCCAGGGGGGCGAGACAUUGGAUAAUAUUGAUGCUUUAGUGCUUGCAACAGGAUUUAAAUUGAAAUACUCAUUUGCAAAAGACAUCAUAGAAGUAAAGGAUGAUUUCUACACAAGUUUGUACAAGCAUAUAUUUUUGCCUGGCGACAAGUGGCAUACAUUGGCUGUGAUUGGUGCAGUGGUAGUUGAUGCGUCUACAGCCGCUGCCAGUGAAAUGCAAGCAAGGGUUGCCGCAGAAGUGUUUGCAGGUAGAUGUAGUUUGCCCAGUAAGGGUGAGAUGGAAAAGGAGAUUGCAAAACGGGAACAACGGUGGUUGAAAACUGGUGUGUCCAAGUACAAUUUUACACGG